UAUCUAUCGGUCAUUUAGGUCUCUCGGAGAAAAAGCUCACGCGAUAGUUAAUAGGGUGUAGGUAGGGUUCAUAACUGAAUCAGACAUUGGGUAAUACUUUCCGAGGAAAUUUUGAAAUGAGUGUGAUUGGGUUUGAUAUUGGGAACGAAAACUGUGUUAUUGCAGCCGCAAGGCACCGUGGGAUUGAUGUAUUGUUAAAUGAUGAAUCAAACCGUGAGACGCCUGCUGUGGUGUCUUUCGGUGAGAAGCAACGGUUCUUGGGUUCUGCAGGGGCUGCAUCUGCUACUAUGAACCCUAGAUCCACUAUUUCUCAGGUUAAGAGGUUGAUAGGAACCAAAUAUAAGAAUUCCUGGGUGCAGGAUGAUCUUAAGUUGCUGCCAUUCGAGACUAGUGAGGCCCCUGAUGGUGGUAUUUUGAUUCAUUUACAGUAUUUGAAUGAAAGAUGCACAUUUACGCCCAUUCAGAUACUGGGGAUGCUGUUUGCACAUUUAAAACAAAUGGCCGAGAAAAAUCUUGAAAUCCCUGUUUCAGAUUGUGUGAUUGGGAUUCCGUCAUACUUUACAGACGUGCAAAGGCGUGCUUAUCUUGAUGCUGCACAUAUCGGAGGUUUAAGACCAUUGAGAUUGAUGCAUGAUUGUACUGCAACUGCACUAGGUUAUGGUAUUUACAAGACUGAUUUUGCCGAUUCAGGACCUACAAAUGUUGUGUUUGUUGACAUUGGACAUUGUGACACUCAGAUUACAGUUGUGGCUUUUGAACAAGGUCAUAUGAAAGUUCUGUCCCAUUCUUUUGAUAACCAUUUGGGUGGUAGAGAUUUCGAUGAAGUUUUGUUUAAAUAUUUUGCGGCAAAGUUUAGGGAACAGUACAAUAUUGAUGUUUAUUCAAAUACUCGAGCUUGUAUAAGGCUAAGGUCAUCUUGUGAGAAGCUGAAGAAAGUUUUAAGUGCGAAUCCAGAAGCACCGCUUAAUAUCGAAUGCUUAAUGGAUGAGAAAGAUGUCAAAGGCUUCAUAAAGAGAGAUGAUUUUGAGGAUCUGUGUUCCAACUUGCUUGAAAGAAUUAGCAUUCCUUGUCAUAAAGCUGUAAAUGAUGCGGGACUAAGUGUUGAUAAAAUAUAUUCUGUCGAGCUUGUUGGUUCUGGUUCCCGAAUACCAGCUAUUAUGAGGAAAUUAUCUACUCUCUUUGGAAGAGAACCAAGGAGGACGUUAAAUGCAAGCGAGUGUGUUGCUAGAGGAUGUGCACUUCAGUGUGCAAUGCUUAGCCCGACUUUCCGAGUUAGAGAGUAUGAGGUUCAAGAUUCAUUUCCUUUUUCUAUUGGACUUCAGACAGAAGAAGGCAAAAACAUCACACUACCCAAUGGCGUCUUGUUUUUGAAAGGCCAUCCAUUUCCAUGUGUUAAGAUGCUUACAUUGCAUAGAAGUAAUACUUUCCACUUGGAAAUCAUUUAUGCCAAUGAGAAUGACCUGCCUGUUGGAGUACCACCUAAAGUCAGCUAUUCCACGAUCGGUCCUUUCCAAGUGUUGAGUGCAGAAAAAGCGGAGGUUAAAGUUAGAGUUCACCUAAACCUUCAUGGAAUUGUAACAAUAGAAUCUGCUUCUCUUAUAGAAGAAGAGUACUCUAGUAACAAUGCUAAUCUGCCUUCAGAACAGAAGGUGGUCGACAAUCAUAUGACAAAUGGUGCUGCUGAUUACAAAUAUGCCGAUUCUAGCCCUUCUACAACACACGCUGCUGAUGAAACGAGAAAAGGCAAGAGACGUAGGCAGAAUAUUACAGUUUCUGAGAAUGUGUAUGGUGGAACAACAAGAGAUGAGGUACGAGAUGCUCAAGAGAAAGAAAGGAUGUUGGCAGAACAAGACAUAAAGAUGGAGCGAACUAAAGAAAUGAAGAACACCCUCGAAGCUUUUGUCUAUGAUACACGCAAUAAGCUUCUAAGUUCGUACCGGAGCUUUGCCACAGAGGAAGAGAAGGAGAGAAUCUCUAGAAAUCUGCAAGAAACUGAAGACUGGCUAUAUGAAGACGGUGAUGAUGAAUCUGAGCUGGUAUAUGCCGGAAGGUUGGAGGAUCUCAGAAAGGUGGUAGAUCCUAUUGAAAGUAGAUACAAGGACGAAGAUGCUCGAGCACAAGCAACAAGAAAUCUGUUAAAUUGUAUUACAGAAUAUCGUACGGCUGCAGAUUCACUGACCCCUACUGAGAAAGACGUGGUUUACAGUGAAUGCAGCAAAGCUGAGCAGUGGUUGCGCGAGAAAACCCAACUGCAGGAUUCAAUGCCCAAAAAUGCUGACCCUAUAGUCUUUUCAAGUGAAAUUAAUCGAAAAGCAGAGGUUCUUGAGAGAAUGUGCAAGCACGUAAUGAAAAACAAGGGUCCAUCUUCAAAUUAUGAGGAUGCCAUGGGUUCAAACCAAAAGGACAAACCUGAUGACAUGUAUGUAGAUUGAUGAUAUCAAUACAAUUCUUCGUUGAGAUCUUGCAGCUUAUGGUUUUUCUCGUGUCGAGAGAAACAACCAAUUUUCAAAGUUGUCUCAAUCCAGAAUCAACAUUCGGAGGUAAGAACUAGUUUUUGUUUGCCUUCAUGGUACCAUUUUGACUCGAAACUCGAUCAUUGAUGGAGCCUGUUCCGUGCGAAUGGUUAAUUUCGUGAUAAUGAUGGCUCCGCGGUUAAAUGUAUCAUCAUAUAUACGGUGUUGAUUGCUUGUGCCAUAUGUGGAAUUGAGUUGUGUACUUGCAUUGUGUAUUGAAAUAUGAUAAUUGGUCCUUGGUUAAUAUUGUGAUCAUUUGACGUUUUUCAUCGGUCUUUCGAGACAGAAA